AUGUCCACUAUUAUAAAUAUUUCUUCCAUCGCUACUGCGACAGUGCUGCAGUCAAUGCACACAGUUGAUUCUGAAUUCAGGCGGUCAGGGCGCACAAUUUCUCUCAUGUUAAUUGGAAAGAAAACGGGUAUCGACGACCUCCCUGAUGAACUGAUCCGGGAGAUCAUGUUUACCAUAAUGGAGCCCUCGACGCGAUCAGAGAAAGUGGAUGACAAACUGUCAAUAAUCAGUCCCAUCGUCUCUGAAAACAACCCCAUUACCCCCUUCCCGCUGACAAGAGUGUGCCGUCGGUGGAGGCGUAUAGCAUGUACCACAAAAUCUCUGUGGAAGUCCAUUGCCAUUAUUGAACCAUCCUUCAAACAUGUCCAUCGUGUCAAAUUGUGGCUUACCUAUGGAGACGGAUACAAGCUCGACAUCAUGCUUCGCCAAUCAUACUCUGUGGGAGACGAAGAACGUCGCGCGACUGCCGAAAUUCUCACUAUGCUCGUCCAACGCAUCCAGAAGUGGUCCAAUGUUGAAUUUCACUUUACCGAGAACGAACUCCCUUCGUUGAUCGCUCAUCACAUGCGCCACCCUAAUCCUUCUGUGUUGCAGACAGCUAUCAUCUCCCACCAAUCUCGACAUAUGGACAUAAAAGAACGGGCCAGGGACGUGUGGGGGUCGCUCCAGGAGACCCCAUUGAAGCAUCUUAAAUGGAUAUCCCCUGCACCCGCCAUGGCAUUCUCAAGCGCCAACAUUCAGACACUCAACACAUCUUGUUUCACCUUUCAAGUUUUACUCGAUACCUUAAGAUUGUGUCCCAACCUUUCCUCAAUUGAUGUUGAAUUGCUGAACGUACCCCCGAUGGAUGCCGACCAUCUAGAAUAUCGUGUGGAGUAUCCCAACCUUCGCAGCGUUGCCAUGAAAGGCCACAAGACGGACAUCGCCACCUUCCUGCGCCUACAUUGCCUCCCGUCGCUUACUAGCCUCGAACUUGACCCAAUUGAUGUCACCUCUUUUAUACAUCUGCGGGGGCUUAUCUUGCGAUCCGAGUGUACUCUACGGCAGCUGGCGCUUGAGGUGCGAAAUGUUCAAGCCUUGGAUGUUGCUGGAUGGCUCGAACAAGACUUCUUUCAAGAACUAGAGACGCUCUCUAUAUCUGGCGCCGAGAUCAACGACCACGUCCUACUUAUGCUCACCUGUCCGCCACUGCGGGGAAACCGGCCGACGUAUUUUGAAAAGCUCAAGUUUCUGUUUUUGGGCCAGUUGAUGUCUAAUGUCGAUGACGGCACUUUUCUUCGAAUGUUGGGGUCGCGAUUCUGGACCCCUCAAGGUGCACCGCCCAAGACCGAGUUGGAGAAGGCUGGUUUUCUGGUUGCCACGAAAACGAACCCCAUGGCCAUGUAUGAAGUUAUGAUCAACUCAUGUGCUGAAAGAAUGGCGGAGAGCAAGGACAAGAAUUGGCGCCAUUGGCAAAACCCAUUCUACUAA